AUGAGUGCGUCACCCGGUACCACAGGCGGCGGCGCGACCUCCACUACCGCCAGUGACGCAGAGUCGAGCGACAUGACCACCACCAAGAUUGCGAACGUGCGAGCAGACAUGGAAGCAGCGACUGCAACGGACAACCUUCCGCCGCCAGUCUCACACCCGACCGAUCCGGACGUGCCGUCCUUAGUGACUCUACCUGGUGAGGUUCGCAACGCGAUCUACGAGGCACUCUUCAUUCGCGAAGAUCCUAUUCAGAUUCAUGCAAACAGUUUCGAUCCUCUCGGUUACCACUCCGGCAGUGUCGUCCUCGGAACUGCACUCCUCCAGUCAUGUCGCCAGAUCCAAUAUGAGGCCACUGGUAUCUUUUAUGCACGAAACGUGUUUCAACUAGUGCUCCCUGUAAGUACGGACGACGAAGACGGCCUUGUUUGGGCUAUGGACUGGCUUCGCAUCAUCGGCAAACAGCCGUCCUUUCUUUGCGUGAUUCAGCUCGAUAUCAACAACUUGCUUGAAGCAGACGGAGACUUGGAGAUCCUGCCAAUACUGGCGUACACUUGGAAGCUGGAACACAAGGACAUGGCUGUUUCCUUUGUGAAAUCACCCGAGAGGUUGAUUGUGGGCUUCCAAGGCAAUCGGCCAUGGUCUGCCAACCAUACGGCUAAGAUUAACAAAGGGUUGAGUACGCUCAUCGCUGAUCCCUCAAACCUUCUUAGGAAGUACUGCAUUGCGAGCAUGCUGUUGAGGGUCAAACUCGACACAGAUGGAUCGGAAGUUCUCAUUUCAUACCGCCAUAAUCACCGUGGUGGUGGUAAUUGGAUGACGCAAGGCCGCAUAUCAAUCAGCGAUGAAGGACUGGAAUCAGUCUUCGACUUGACGAACCAGACCACGAAUCUCAACCUUAAAAGCCUAGCUGGCGUGAACCGGUUGUUACGUCGCGAAAUCAUGCUGGAAGUCGGCGACUAUGACUCAAUCUUCAACUCAACAACUUCGACGCGGAAAUACAACUUUGCUACCGAGCUGGAGAGGUUCGAAGCCAUCCAACUACACGGCCACCCACGCUACUUUCAUCUGUACUUCGACCUAUCGGAACAAUUUACCCUCGAGGAUAUUCGAUUCGAUGCACUGCCAUUUAUAUCUUCGCUGAGUUGGUUAAACCACGACGUCCACUUGAAGAUCGAGGUCCGCCAUCCGAUCGAUUCCGAGACACCAAACCGGACGGUCACGUUGCUCUUGAGAGAACUACAGGUUAGCGUUUUCUGCUUCCUAUACAACCUCCUGGAGACCUAUCCCAAGAACAUCUACCUUCCGUGCCCUAACAUCUGGACGAACGGGCUUGGUAAAGUGAAAGAAGUGACAUGGCAAGAUGAGCUCGGGUUGGAACCUCUGGAUACUUCAUACCUGGACAACAGUCACGGUGUGAUUCAGCGGUUUAGUGGCGGAGUUGCGAAUGACUGGGCUUCGAGAGAGAUAAGUCGUAUCCUUCCUGGUAUUCAAGACACACUGUCCGAGUUCCUCGGGGAGGAAUAUGGGUGGUUGUAG